CUAUCAGUUUGAAUCUUGCUUACCUUUGGCAUUGUCGUUUGGGCCACAUUAACGAGAAACGCAUAUCUAAGUUACAUCGUUCUGGUGUACUUGAUCCAUUUGACUUCCAGUCAUAUGUUGCAUGUAAAUCUUGUUUACUUGGUAAAAUGACAAAGGCUCCAUUCACCGGUCACGGUGAGAGGGCGAGUGACUUAUUGGGCCUCAUACACUCCGAUGUCUGUGGUCCAAUUAGCACUGUAGCUAGAGGUGGUUAUUCUUACUUCGUUACAUUUACUGAUAUGGAUAUGUUAAUUUUUGUGGGAUACCCCAAGGAAACUAGAGGGUAUGAGUUCUAUCAUCCAUCCGAUAACAAAAUUUUUGUUGCUCGGAAUGGAACCUUCCUUGAGAAGGAGUUUCUUUCUGCUAUCACUAGUGGGAGAAAGGUAGACCUCGAAGAAAUUCGAGAACCACAAGAAGAAGUCCCGAUAGUGUUGGAACAUGAGCAAAGAGAUCAAGCAAUUGAACCUCAAACUGCUCAAGAUAUACCACGUAGGUCAGACCAGAUACGUAAUCCUCCGGUUAGAUAUGGAUUUCUCAUGUCUGAUGAAGAGCUAAAGGUGGUCGGUUUCACUGAUGCUAGUUUCCAAACCGACAGAGACGAUUCAAAAUCACAAGCAGGAUAUUUCUUUUGCCUGAAUGGCGGAGCUUUUAGCUGGAAGAGCUUCAAGGAGGAUACAACCGCCGAUUCGACUACAGAGGCUGAGUACAUAGCUGCCGCCGAGGAAGCUAAAGAAGCUGUUUGGAUCAAGAAGUUCAUUACUGAACUUGGAGUGGUUCCUAGUAUUAAUGACCCUAUCUCGUUGUUUUGCGACAACACUGGGGCCAUUGCACAGGCAAAGGAACCGCGAUCUCACCAGAAAACCAAACACAUUGUACGACGCUAUCACAUCAUACGAGAAAUCGUAGAUAAAGGAGAUGUGAUGAUUUACAAAGUAGAUACUGACGACAAUAUAGCCGAUCCCUUGACCAAGCCUUUAGGAAAGCUAAAGCAUGAGGGUCACACUACGUCCAUGGGCAUUCGACCGAUGUCAGAUUGGCCAUAGUGCAAGUGGGAGAUUGUUGGAGUUGUGCCCUGAUGGCCAACUGUUCAUCGUUAUCCUAUCAUGUAUAGGCAGAUAUAAUAUGUUUACACAUCUCAUGCUAAUGUAAACAAAUAUUAUAUUCCUAGAUUUAUAUUUAAAAGAUGUUUAUCAGAUAGUGUUAUUCUGCUCAUGAGACUAACAUGUUGAAAUAAAUAUUUAUCUAAAUG